CGACACGUGUAUGGUCAGUAUUCUCUCAUUUAGCCUAUAAAGUUGGAGGCUUCAUCAAUCUAAAAAUUCAUUCUGUGAUAACUUUCUACCAGCGAUCAAUUUGAUUAACAUUCUCUGCUAUUUCUUCGGUCUUUCUCGAGAAAAUGUCUUGCUGUGGUGGAAACUGUGGUUGUGGAUCUGGCUGCAAGUGCGGCAACGGUUGCGGAGGUUGCAAAAUGUACCCGGACUUGGGCUUUUCCGGCGAGUCGACCACGACCGAGACUUUCGUCUUCGGCGUUGCACCGGCGAUGAAGAACCAGUACGAGGCUUCUGGAGAGGGUGUCGCUGAGAACGAUGCAUGCAAGUGUGGAUCUGACUGCAAGUGUGACCCUUGCACCUGUAAAUGAAUAAUGAAACCUUUCUAAGGAGGCAGAGAUAAUCAGAGUUUAAUUAUAUUAAGUAACCCUAAUGAUGUUCUAGGUUUUGUUUUACGGUGUAAUAAUGGCUGCAGGAUUUUGUCUUUUAGCCGAUAAUGGUUUUCGUUUGUGUUGACGUCAUAUUUAGAUGUCUCUGCCAUGUGUGACGGAUGAGUCAGUUUGUACUUUCUAUGGAAUGAACGUGAAUGAUUCUCUAAUAUAAUAGUAGUUCUUUUAAA